UAUGGAUAGUAAUAGUGAAUACAUCUCUGAAGUUGAUCAAAUCUCUGAUAACGAUAUUCAAGAGGUCGUUGAAUCUUCUACUAGCGUAACCAGAAGAAAAGCCGUCGAUAAACCAGCUGAAGAAUCAAGUGCAAAGAAGAUUCGA